AGAAUCAACGAAAACGAUUCAUCCUCUAACCUCUCUAAAUUAGAAUCAACGAAACUCUGUUGUUAAUGGCGGCUGUUUCAACUCCCUUCAACAGCUCUCUAAAUAAACCCUUCCUUUCUCUCUAUUCCUCUAUUCCCCAUUUGGGUUUCUCCCAAGUUGUUCAAUUUCCAACUUUGAAACCAAAAUUUCUCCUUUCAAACCCCAAAACAGUUGUAAUUUCUGCCACCAAAGCUGAUGGAACAUUUGCAAAUGAAGACAACUCUCUCACAACUUUCGACUCUUCCAUCAGACAAAAGACUAGGCGCCAUACGAUUCAAGUGUUUGUUGGUGAUGAAAGUGGAAUGAUCAAUCGUAUUGCGGGAGUCUUUGCUCGAAGAGGGUACAACAUUGAGUCUCUUGCUGUUGGUCUAAACAAGGACAAGGCUCUUUUUACUAUAGUUGUUUCUGGAACUGAAAGGGUGUUACAGCAAGUUAUGGAACAGUUACAAAAGCUUGUAAAUGUGAUCAAGGUUGAAGAUCUAUCCAAGGAUCCACAAGUUGAACGUGAAUUAAUGCUUAUUAAAAUCAGCGCCGAUCCAAAAUACCGCACAGAGGUUAUGUGGUUGGUGGACGUUUUCAGGGCAAAAAUUGUGGAUAUAUCUGAUCAUUCUCUGACUAUUGAGGUAACUGGAGAUCCAGGGAAGAUGGUGGCUGUUCAGAGGAACUUAAGUAAAUUUGGAAUUAGAGAAAUUGCUCGCACUGGGAAGAUUGCCUUGAGAAGGGAAAAAAUGGGGGAAUCUGCUCCUUUUUGGCGGUUUUCAGCAGCAUCAUACCCAGAUCUUGAAGGUGCAAUGUCUGCUGGUACUAUUUCGAGGACAAUCAAGAGGACCCCUAAUGGAGAAUCUAUGUCUAUGGCUGAGACAAGUGGGCUUCGCUCACAUACUUUGUCAAUGCUUGUGAAUGACACUCCUGGAGUUCUCAACAUAGUCACCGGAGUUUUUGCUCGACGAGGGUAUAACAUCCAAAGUUUAGCUGUUGGACAUGCUGAAGUUGAGGGGCUUUCUCGUAUUACAACAGUUGUUCCUGGCACAGAUGAGUCAGUUAGCAAGUUGGUGCAGCAACUAUAUAAGUUGGUUGAUAUUCAUGAGGUUCGGGAUAUUACUCACCACCCAUUUGCGGAAAGAGAACUAAUGUUGAUAAAGAUUGCUGUGAAUGCUGCAGCGCGUCGCAAUGUUCUUGACAUUGCCAGCAUUUUCAGAGCAAAAGCUGUUGAUGUGUCUGACCACACUAUAACUCUUGAGCUUACAGGAGAUUUGCAUAAGAUGGUUGCUUUGCAGCGGCUACUAGAGCCUUAUGGUAUUUGUGAGGUAGCGCGAACAGGACGUCUGGCGCUGGUACGUGAAUCAGGUGUGGAUUCGAAGUACUUGCGAGGAUAUUCAUACCCUUUGUAAGUCUAAAGUCCCCGAACCUAAGGAAAAUGCCUGCUCUUUGCGGAAUGUGUGUGAACAUGGAUGGCUGAAUCAAGUUGCUUGAUACGGAGAUGGUCUCGUGCCCCAGCUGUGACGCUGCGGCUUUCAAGUCAAGUUUGCAUGCUUUUAGCUUUAGGUAGUUGCAAGUUUAUUAAAAUGAAUAGGGUACAUUUAGACCAUUCUAUGAACAAGGACGGACCUAGACCAUUCAGCUCUUUUCUUUUCACCUUUAGUCUUUAGCAGAGAUGGUUCUUCAAUAAGCUUCACUGAAAAUGAUUGACAUCGUCAUCUGAAUUACAAGCAAAAUAUGACUAGCAUUUUUGGUUUUUAAAUCUGAAAGUGAUAUAAAACAUCUAGAUUGUAUGUCUACGUGCAGUUGUUCUUUUUCCUUUUAUUUAUGGAAAAAGGCAUAGAUCCUCCCA